CAGAGAAACAUGCAUCUGUCUUCCAUUCCUCUCUGUGGCCUCUUCCUCAUCUUACACCUGCAGCUGUCCAGCACAUAUCCCAUCAGCACCGGCUUGACUGACACUGACAUGGACAUCUUAAAGGUGCUCCUUCACACUCUAGAGGAGUCAGUUCCUGAUGUGGACCAGAGAGUGUCUGCAGGGAGGGACAGUCUGGACAGCCUGGAAAUAGAGGAGGCCUCAGACGAACAGCAGCUACAAACUAGACUGGAUGAGGCAGCGAUCAGGGAGUUUCUCUCAGCAAAGAACCUGAAAAGCGUCCGCAACGACUCGUCCAGGAAGUCCUCAGGCUGCUUCGGGCGACGGAUGGACAGAAUAGGCUCCAUGAGCUCUCUGGGGUGCAACACUGUGGGCAGAUACAGUGAGUUACAAUCCAAAAUAGAGUUUGCUCAGCCGUAG